CUCCCGUUUCACAGUUGAUCCGGUAAACGCAGAGCGGAGGCCUGAGGGUUUCUGGUAAAAUAACAAGCGCACAGCCGCUUUCACGUUUUUAUCCGACACUUUGUCGUAGUAGGCGGUAAGGGGAUGGUGGUGGUAGCGACAGCAGGGCCCACCGGAGCCCACAAAGUGCUUCUGAUAUCGGGGAAGCAGAGCGGCUCUUCCGCCUUCAGCCGCCCCAUCUCUGUGGUCCUGCCGUCGUCCGCCGGCCAGGCGUCGUCCGACUCGGAUUCCAACACGUCGGUGGGUCCGCCGGUACGGAAGAGACAGAGACUCACACACUUGAGUCCGGAGGAGAAGGCGCUCCGCAGGAAACUCAAGAACAGAGUUGCAGCUCAAACAGCCAGAGACAGAAAAAAAGCCAAAAUGGGGGAACUGGAACAACAAGUUAUAGAGUUGGAGAUGGAGAAUCAGAAACUUCAUAUUGAAAACAGUCUUCUUCGGAAAAAGGCGAGUGGCCUUCUGACAGAAAAUGAGGAACUGAGACAGAGACUUGGGUUGGACACCCUUGACUCAAAAGAAAAGGUUCAGGUGACGUUGUCCAACGGGGAUGAUGCAGGUUUGGGAAUCGGGUCUUCUGAGUCCGCAGCACUCAGGCUAUGUGUGCCUCCGCAGCAGGUGCAGGCCCAGCAGUUCCCAAAUCUGAAGACUUCUCAGUGGAUACAAAUAAUCCUGACGCUACAGACAGUGAGUCUGAUUUGCUGCUGGGCCUUUUGGACAUCCUCGACCCAGAGCUGUUUCUCAAGUCUUAUGAAGAGUGCCAGGAACCACAGGUGCUGCUGGUCGGAGGGGGGUACUCACUACCUGCCACCCCACCUGCACCUGUGGGGCCCCCACCAGUUAAGCUGGAGGCCCCUAAUGAACUGAUCCACUUCGACCACAUCUACACAAAGCCCGUGGAGGAAGUGGGUGGCGGGCAGUAUGAUGAUACGGAAAGCGGUGCAGAGAAGAUGGAUGAGGCUGCCUUCCCUGUUGCUGAGGUAGAGGUCGAGGAAGUGUGUGUCAAGG